GUAGAGAUGGUCGUGACGGUAAAGAUGGUCGUGAUGGGAGAGAUGGCUCUCCAGGACUGAUAGGUCCUCCAGGUUUGAAAGGAGAGCAAGGGCAGCAAGGUGUAAAAGGUCCUCCAGGACCCAAGAGUGGUGGAGUACAGUACGUACGAUGGGGAAGAACCACCUGCCAUUACAAUGCUACUCUUGUUUACAAAGGACGUAUUGGAGGAGAAGAAUAUACUCAUACAGGUGGAGGUGCUAAUUACGUUUGUCUUCCUGAGACCCCAAAAUAUGGAAGAAUAAAUCACAUUGAAUUAAAGCGAGUUAUGGUGCUGAGAGGCAGAGAUGGUUAUGAUGGCCAACCAGGAAAACCAGGCAGAGAUGGUCUUAACGGCAAAGAUGGUCGCGAUGGUAAAGAUGGUCGAGAUGGGAAAGACGGGUCAUCAGGAACAACUGAUUAGUUAUCAGCUUAUUUUAUCGCGCAUGAUUCCGUGUUUUGGUUUUCAACGUAAUAAUCAUACAAAUAAAGUAAGUUUGAAAGGAGAGCCAGGAAAUCUUAUUAAUUUAAUUAAGCAUUACUUCUUGAAUCGUUUUGAGA